CCAGACAACAGCUGCUCCUUCAGAGCCUGAUGCUGCCACCACCCAGAAAGAAAAGAUUCUGUGGCCUGAAACAUUCACUGUGGGGCUCACCCCAGAGGCCACCCAGGAAGUCAGCAUUGGGGAGGAAGCCACUACGCCAGUCAUUCAGGAAGUCACCUUGGGAGAGGUGCAUGAAGUCACUUUGGCGGUUGCUCCGCAAACCAUGGCUGCGAGGACAGUGGCUGGUCAGGACACUGCAGGCAAGGUGGAGGAAGACACUGUCAGCAAGACAGAAAGGGCAUUCUCUAAGAUUACUAAUGAAAUCGAAUUGGACAUCUUGACAAGGCCAACCUGGUCACUGAGGGAACAGAUGGUGGAGCUGAGCAUUCAGUUAAAGGGUGAAGUUUACAGUGAUGCCUUGAAAGACCCAUUCAGUUUCUACUACCAGCGUCUGGCACAGCAGUUCAUUGAGAAGAUUGAAGACGCUUUUGAAAGACUGCCAGGCUUCAAGAAUGUUGCUGUACUUGAAUUCAGACCCCAGAGGGAUGCUAAAGGAGACAGUGCUGUGGUGGUCCACUAUGUUGUGACCCUUGAAGUGGAUGGGGGAAUCAGCAAAGAGACCCUGGACUACAUCAACCUGCAGUCCAACCUGGUGGGGAAUUCAUACCAUGAGGUGGACGAACGGCCCACUGUGGUCUACACCAUCACUGACUUCCGUAACUACAUCACUGAAGCUCUGCACAAGGAGAACUUUAUUGGCAACACCACACUGGCCGUGGACCCGAACACUCUACAGCUGGAGAAUGUGGAGUCUUUGGUACCUCCUGAAUCCUCCAUUCCCAGCAAAUCAGCUGAUGAUAUGGACAAUAUUCUAACUGCAGAGAACCAGCUGAAUCUGCCAGGACAGGACCUGAACAACAAUGACAUCUUCAACAGUGGCUUCAACAAGGACGACUUCCUGAUUGACCCCAUCCACUCCUCUGACCCAUGGAUGGGGUCUCAAGAGGUGGAGGCCAGUGAGAAUGAUGUCAUCAUCCUGGAUGAAAGUCCAGCUGUGCCCCCUCCAGUGUUUCCUGAUGGGACAUUUGGUGUGAAUCUGGAAUCCACCCCAAUAUCUGAAAAUACCCCUUCUAUGCCCAUCGAUGAUAAUAAUAGAGACCUUGAAGAAGAGGGACUUCUAUAUGGCAACAAAGUGGUUACCACAAUCAAAGCCACAGACAGCCUAGAGGGGGGUAAAAUUGCCAUAGAAAUUACCCCUGGAGCUGGGAUCACUGAUAUUGCAGGUCCAACUCCAGAGCCACCUGGUGACCAGGGUGAGAAGUCUGCACUGCAUUUGUUUGACACUGGGUCCGGAUCAGGUUUGGCUGGUGAGGAAUUGGGACCCCUGUUGCCCGUGGCGGCAACUGUAGAAGAUGGUCCAGUAUCAGAUGGGGAUGUAGAGCAGAUAGAGGAAGAGAAGGAGGAAGAGGAUGGGGUCAGGACUGAAACUUCCUCCAAAUAUCCAGUGAACUCCAGUGAUGGACCACAUUUGCAGGGCAAUUUUGAGUCUGUUAAUGAACCCCUCGAUGAGUCACUUGCACCCAGCCAGGUGGAUCUGAACGUUGGCUCUGACCUGGACACAAACACACCCGUGUCUUUGGAGCCCCCUUCCAAUGGAGACGACGAGGGUGUCCAGAUCUUGGAAAUGGAGGAAGGUGUGGUUACCUUGGUAACAGAGGGCCCCUCUGUGGAGAUUUCAGAGGAGGAAAGGGCUAAAGAUGAAAUCCUAGUGGUCAGCCCAACAAUGACAGGACCUCCAGUCCCAGAGACCCAAAGCACUGCCUCCCCAACGCUUCUUUCUCCAGAGGAGUCACCUUUUACACUAGUCACUGAUUUUGUGCCUGAGAUCACCCCUCAAGCUUCUUCUUCCAUACCACACUCACCUGCAGUUGAACUCAGACUCACCACUCAGUCUCCAUUUUACCAGCCCACCUUGAGACCUACAGAAGACUUGUUUGGUGCCAAAGUGCCAUCCAGUGAGGAGGGAGAGCUCAUUAGAAUAACCCUUAAGCCUGCCUUCAUUGACCCCACCAUGCCCAAUGAUCAGGGGAACCAAGACGGCAAGACUCAAGCCCCAGGAGACCCUUCUGUGAUAGACUUGGAUCACUCUUUUGACGUGCCCUACUAUGGCGGGCCGGGCUCCACAGGGGGGGAAGGCAGCAGUGGCACUGACAUGGCCAGUGUGGCCAAGGCCAAUAAUGGGAGCUCCUUAGGCCGUGCCCUGAUGGUGUUCUUCAGCCUUAGAGUCACCAACAUGAUGUUCUCAGAGGACCUCUUUAACAAGAGCUCACCUGAGUACAAAGCACUGGAACAGAGGUUUCUGGAGCUGCUCGUGCCUUACCUGCAAUCCAACCUCAGCAACUUCCAGAACCUGGAGAUCCUCAACUUCAGGAAUGGGAGCAUUGUGGUGAACAGCAGGAUGAAGUUUGGCAAGCCCGUGCCACAUGGUGUCACCAAUUCUGUCUACCUCAUCCUGGAAGACUUCUGUAAUACAGCUUACCAGACCAUGAACCUCGCCAUUGAUAAGUACUCGUUGGAUGUUGAGUCAGGUGAACAGGCUGACCCAUGUAAAUUCCAGGCCUGUAAUGAGUUCUCUGAAUGCACAGUCAACCGCUGGUCAGGCGAAGCGGAGUGCGUGUGCAAUGCAGGGUACUUCAGCGUGGACGGCCUGCCCUGCCAGAGCGUGUGUGACCUGAGGCUGGACUUCUGCAUGAACGACGGGAAGUGUGACAUCAUCCCUGGCCAGGGUGCCAUCUGCAGGUGUCGGGUGGGGGAAAAUUGGUGGUACCGGGGAGAGCACUGUGAGGAAUAUGUGUCAGAGCCGUUAGUGGUGGGCAUCGCCAUUGCCUCGGUUGCUGGGUUCCUGCUUGUUGCUUCUGGGGUUAUCUUCUUCUUGGCCAGGACUCUACGAGACCAGUAUGACAAGGAUGAGACAGAGGAUCCUAUUCGGCGUGGGGAGAGUAUGCUGUCCUUGGAGAGAGCAACUAAGUACAACCCCAUGUACGAGAGUGACAUCACCACAGGUUACAGUCAUUACUACCGCCGUUACCCAGAGAUGCCGUGCUACAGCAGCGCUAGUGCUGAAGCCUCCACUGACUUCAGCAGUGAGGAGAUCCGGCACAUCUAUGAGAACAGCGAGCUCACCAGAGAGGAAAUUCAGGAUCGGAUACGAAUAAUUGAGCUGUACGCCAAGGACCGGCAAUUUGCAGAUUUUGUUAGACAGCACCAAGUGAGCUUGGAUAUUCAACGUGAGAGUUCCUCAACAUAGAACUUCUGGAAUUGGAGCCUGUAGAUUUGGAUGACAAGAAAUGCGCCUUCAUCUUUGAAGAGAAGAUAAGAGAGAAAAUCUCCUUUGUGUGUCACCACCAUCUAUGGCCAUGACAGUUAGAACAGGCAUUGGGGGGCAUUAUAAUUUAGAGUGUUGGGGUAUGGCUGAUUUACAUUAUUGUAACAACCAUUCUCUUUUUAUUGUUUACUUCAAGUCAUUCAUUGUUCAUUCACAAAGUGACAGAAACAGGCCAUUCAGCCCAUCCAGGCUCACCAUUUACCUACAAACGCACACACAUAUACAAACGUACACUUACCUCAGCUGUGUCACGUGUGAUGCCCCGCCUCUCCCAGCCUGUCUUCCUUUCUUUGUCAGUGCCUUCACUUGGUACAGAACAUUCUGUUGAUGAAGAUGCUGUGGAAUGGUCAGCCUCUCACAGGACAUUCCAAGAAUUUGUCAGGACCCCCAGGAUUGUCUACCCUUUUUGAGAAAGCCCUCUUCUCCCAAGGGGAUACAUUUCAUGGCACAGGACUGGUUGCACCUGGAAUCUUAAUGACUGCUGUAUUUUACUUUAUCUUAUUUUAUAUUUUACUAGUUAGGUGAAAUUCAUUCAGCUCUUUUUGCCGGUACAAAGGAAUGAACACAAUUAUCAAUCAGAAGUGAUAUACGGAUAUUCUCAUUCAUUAUAGAGUGGUUGAGAUGUGAAUUUGGCUUACCAGAGGCACAUUUUCCAUGGGAAAUAUUCUACAUAAACAAAUCUAAAUGACAAGGGAGGUCCAAGGUUAUUGUUUGGAAAGCCAACCACUGACAUUGGACUGCACAGAACAUAUGCUCCAAUUGGUUAAUAAUAAUUUUAACACAACUUUGACGCUUCACAAGAAUGUAGAAACGCACAGAAUCACAUACAAAAACCAUAUUCGAAAUCUUUCUAUUAUAUUAAAGCCCUGACCAAAGUAUAUGUAAGAAAUUGUACUGCAUCGAAACAAUGGAAAAUCUAUGUAACAGUUAGACUUCGCCAAAUAAUGCCGAUCUAGGGAGCACACAGCGGCCACAAUAGGCCCACCAUUGAUCCAACAAUCAGCCCACCAACAUAUAGCAAAGUAAUCAAGAAGAAGAUGAUCAUCUCUUAGUUAUUGGAAGAGAGUUGGUGAAUGGUCAUGCUGGUAGAGGACCACCGUAGAGCUGAUUUGCGAAGCACUGGAGGAUUGAUAGCUGGCACUAACGGUGGCCCAACAGAUGCUUGCUUCUUUGCUGAAAUCUGUUUAGCAAUUGGUUUUAAAACUUGCUAGGCUGCAAUUUUUGUUUUGGGAAGGGACAAAAACGAGAUAAGAAAAUCAUGUAUGAAAUUAAGUAAAGCUCCUGCUGCUUACAUCAAAACCUUAAAUAAGAUUUUCUCCAAAUUGACAUUCCAAAGAGGAUCUGUAAGUAUUUUUUGGUUUCUUAUAAAUGACUAUCACAAAGCUUGUGGUUCUGCUUGAGAACUUUGAAUUGAAUUUAAAAAAAUUACAAAUAAAAAAAAACAAUUAAAAAUUGUCGGUCGAUGGAAAAAUCUCAAAAAGGCCCAAACACACAAGUUUGGAGUAUGGCUACAAGAAUAAUUUAUGAUCUGAAUGGAACUUAUAAUUUGUAGAAAGGAGCAGGUUAAAUGUUUUAUUUAGUCCUCAAAUAAUAUAAUUCAUAGAAGCAAGAAUAAUAAGAAUAGCAUGUUCUCUUAACAAAUGAAAAGGAAUUUUACAAACAGUAUUUCACAUUCAGAUGGCUCUGUUAUGCACUGAAAAAUGUGUCCAAAGUGUUUCUGCGUUAGUCUAUAUUGCAAUGACAUUAAAUUGUCUAGUUCUUUUUAGACUAUGCUGGGAUACUAGAUUUUAAUUUUGUGUAGUUAGAAGCUGAAUGUUUAAUAUUAUUGAGUAUUUUUAUGAACUUGCAUAUGGAGACAUUGGCCUCUUGGCUUUCAGGUCUGCUUCAUUUCAGUUACAACCUCAAACUAUGUAUUUUCUAUCUUUCUACUCAUGUGUUUGAGGCCUGAUACCAAUGUAGAUCACCAAUUACAUUCUACCUUAAAACUAGACUGACUUGAUGACCAUGCAGAUUUGGUAGUGUAAAGUGAAAGCCAGCUCUGGGCCUAGAGGUGUGGUGGUCUCAUUUGAAGAUUUUCUUGAGAUUCUGUUGAGGAUUAUGCAAAAGUAAUGGUUCAAAGCAUUUUUGUUUAAAAUGUUUAUUUACAUAUAAAGAGGUUUUGUCAAUCUGUUUAUUGUACUACUCCACAAGACCAAUAAUACAUGAUUUACAUGUGUAAUACAUAAACAGCAUCACAGGCCAUUACAAUAGUGUAUAUCCAAGUGUUUGUCUUUGGAACAAAUGUGUUUUAUUGUAUAUUUUAUAUAUGCUCUUAUUUCAGAUUUUUAAGAACAAAGAGUAAAAAUGCAACAUGGCACAUUGUUGUUAUAUUCUGGUUCCUUUUAAAAUAAAAUGUAUUUCCCUGUACAUAAAUUGUCAUUUUUAAAAAAAAUAAAGUGAUACUUCAAUAUCUUUACCGUACUGCAUUGAAUUGUUUUUGCAGAUAUCCCCUCAAUUUAUUUCACCUUGAAUUAUUUGUUGCUUCUGUUAAUUGUACAUUAUAUUCUCAUUAGCCUUGCUUUUAAUAUUAUGAGAUUAACCUGGAUAUAUUCUGAAUUGUUAAUUUUAUUCAAGUAAUUGACCAAACCCAAUCAGGAAGGUAAAUUCACUAGCAUCUACAAACCCACCAUUCAGACUACAUCUCAAUGCGUUUAUUAAAAAAAAAUAAUAAUAAAAUGAAGCAAAACGUUUAACCCUCUCCCUUUUCCUGGCACGUCUUGAGUGAUGGAGAGUGGC